GCAAGUUCGGUUUCUAGACUUAGUAAAAAUUUAUAGCGGAGAUUUUUUUUGUUCGCUUAAAACGGGCGCUACAAUAUGGUGGUGUUGAGUAAACUGUUCAAGGAUAACCUUGAAAAAGGCUUAUGUUGUAACGAUAUUGUGCAUAAUGGUUCGUGUAAAAUGAAUGUCGCACUAAACACUUACAAGUUUCUAAUAUCGAAUAUGAAAUAUUUUGCUCCAGUCAUUGGUUUACCGUUACUUGUGCACAUUCGUUCGCUCAAUAAGGGAAUUCUCAAAUCCACGCUCAAUUACUACAUUGCAGCUGUAGUGAGUGGUACAGCGACCGGCUGGAUGAUAAUGUUGAUGAUUUGUUGGCUGCGUCAUAUAUUCGGAAAAUUUGGCAAAUACACCUUUGUUUUUUGGCCUACAUUCAUUGGCAGCUUUGCAAUGUGGGCCGUACCAAGUCCAAGAGUUCAUCGCCUCUUUAAGACUACCGUGUUUCAGUGUACCAUCGAAUCGUUUGUGCUUCAACAGAAAACUGUCAUCACCAAAUUAAUCGCCAAUUCCGCACUGCUUCGCACAUUUAUAUUCAUGUGCUGUAGUGGAUUGAUAAUGAAUGCCAAGCGAGCAAAAACUUACAAAGGAUUUUGGUUGCUGGAACCUACACCCUGUCGAGAAAAAACGUCUGCAGAAAACGAGGAAUCGACUGAAGAGAAAAACGGCAACUCACAGCACAAAUUGUGUAGUCACAGCAGCAAGUCCUGCAUUCCCUAUGCCCUCCAAGGCAUGCGGAAUUACAUGAUCAUUGGACUUACCUUGGAUAUCCUUAAAAUGUUGAUGAGCAAGGUGACAACGGAUGGAAGAGGUUUCACAGCUAAAGCAAUCGCCAAGCUGAGCACCUUUAAAAUACGUUCUUGCGCGCUACUCACUUCGUACAUAGCCAUUUAUAGGCUGCUGCAUUGCUUUUUCAAUCAAAACUAUGGUGGCGACUCCACAGUAAACCACACUGCGGCUGCCUUCCUAAGCGGCUCAUGUUUCAUUUUCUAUCCGAAAUUGACGCUGCUAUGCUAUGCCUUGGUGUUGGGCAUACAAAUAAGUUGGCAGCAUUUCAAGGCGCACCUCAGCGCCGAGCGCUACGGUGACACCUUUGAGUGGGUCAAAAGGUUGUCGUACAACAAAAUGCUCUUCCCACUGGCACUGGCAUACUUAGUGCAUACCUAUUGCUUUCGCAAAGAAUACAUAAGCAGUCUCGGCGAAACGAUUAUCAAUGGACUCACAAACAAUUAUGCGAGAAAUCUAUAUCAAAACAUAGAGAUAUUCGGGAAACAACUUAAAAAUGCUGAACACUAAACAAACUCAAAAUAAAUAUUUUUUAAUAAAACUAAAGAAAUAAAAACUGAAACUUGUAAUUAGAGCACAUAUCGAGGCCUAACCGCGACAUUUUUCCCAAAAUUUUCUCUUGGUGCAGAAAUUCCUCUAGAGCAUCCAUUUA